ACUCUCCUCCUCCUCCCGAAUUACUCCAAGAAAGCAAAAGACGAAAAGCUCUCAUCUUUUUUGUCUUUCUCACGAAGAAGAGUAGAAGUAAAAGACAAGACCAGACCAACAUCAGCUUUCUCUGUAUUGAAAUCGUGUGAUUGUCUCCCAAUCUUUUUCAAUUCUGGUAGACUGUUUUUACCUUUUGCUAAAAGGCAUUGCUCUUUUGUUCUUGGAAUGUGUCAUUUGGCUUUGGUGAUCACAAAUGACAUGUCAACAACAUUUGGGAGCCUCUAGUAGUAGCUGACUUGGUGCUUUUCAGCUUUCUUACUUUUUGAGUUAGAUGGACGUUUCUUCCAUUGGUCGAAAUACAUCCCAAACUGAUCAAGAUCCUUUGUUGAUGGAGGAACGCCACCAUAACCACGAGCACAUCGUUGACAUCACUAGCAACGACGACGACGACUCUUCCUCGUCAAGAUCUUCUCUCGAUGAGCUUACUCCGCAUCGUCAACUUCAAGAGAGGGCAUCAUCAUCUAACGCUACACAACUCCCACCUCCUCCUUCUCAGCAAAGAGCAGAUGGUGGCCGCGCUAGUAGUACUAGUACUAGGAGGAGUCCAUUGAAUUCUGGCCUUUGGAUUUCUGUUGAGUUUGUUGUCACCGUGGCUCAGAUUGUUGCUGCCAUUGUUGUUAUGGUUCUUGCUAAAGAUGAACAUCCCGAAGCCCCGUUGUUUACAUGGGUUGUUGGUUAUACCUCUGGCUGUGUUGCCACUCUCCCUAUUCUCUAUUGGCGUUUUCGCACUUAUAACCGAGGCACAGGCGGCCAAGAUUCUUCACAACGUGGUAGUACUUCUUCUACUCAAGGCAGUAAUAAUAACCCUUCGGAGUCCACACCAUAUACACCCGUCUCUGCGGAUCAAGUGCCACCAGACGAAGAAAACACCACCAUUAGGAACAAUCAAGUUGGGGAUAGCUUAAGAACAAGAUUGAAUGGGCUGGUGGACCAUUUCAAGAUGGCCAUUGACUGUUUCUUUGCGGUGUGGUUUGUUGUGGGGAAUGUAUGGAUCUUUGGAGGUCACUCCUCUCCUUCUGAUUCUCCUAAACUCUACAGGUUAUGUAUAGCGUUCCUUACUUUCAGUUGCAUUGGAUACGCAAUGCCUUUCAUACUAUGCGCAGCCAUAUGUUGUUGCUUGCCUUGCUUGAUCUCUGUUCUCGGGUUUCGAGAAAACUUCUCACAAACAAGAGGAGCCACUGCUGAGGCCAUCAACGCACUGCCUGUCUACAAGUUCAAAUUAAAAAGCAGAAAUGAUCUGGAGUUUUCAGAGGAAGGUGAAGGUGGCUUUCUUCUACAAGGGUCUGAGAAGAAACGUCUUAUAUCAGGCGAAGAUGCCAGCUGUUGCAUCUGCUUGGCCAGAUAUGGAGACGACGAAGAAGUAAGAGAGCUGCCAUGCUUGCAUGUCUUUCAUGUGGACUGUGUAGACAAAUGGCUUAAAAUCAAUGCCACUUGCCCUCUCUGCAAAAAUGAGGUCGGAGAAAGCAGCACUAGUUCUUCCUCUUCAUAGACUGAAAAGUGAGACCUCUCCCACAUCGAGUUUGUGUUGUGUAUAAAUAGUCUUUCAGACUUGUAUAGUUGAGAGAUUGUUUUAUUCAUUUUGGUUUGUUCCAAGAGCUGUAACUUUCCCACAUCAAUAAAUCUCCAAAAUAAUGGUGUUUAUA